AUGCAGAUCUUCGUCAAGACCCUCACGGGCAAGACCAUCACUCUCGAGGUCGAGAGCUCCGAUACCAUUGACAAUGUCAAGUCCAAGAUCCAGGACAAGGAGGGCAUUCCCCCGGACCAGCAGCGUCUGAUCUUCGCCGGAAAGCAGCUCGAGGAUGGCCGCACUCUUUCGGACUACAACAUCCAGAAGGAGUCCACCCUCCACUUGGUCCUCCGCCUUCGUGGUGGUAUGGCCAAGAAGCGCAAGAAGAAGGUGUACACCACCCCCAAGAAGAUCAAGCACAAGCGCAAGAAGACCAAGCUAGCUGUCCUCAAGUACUACAAGGUUGACGGCGAUGGCAAGAUCGAGCGUCUUCGCCGCGAGUGCCCCCAGCCCGAGUGCGGUGCAGGUGUCUUCAUGGCCGCCAUGCACAACCGCCAGUACUGCGGAAAGUGCCACCUGACCUACGUCUUCGACGAGGCCAAAUAA